AUGGCUACUAAAGACAAGUUGACGAGAAUAGCGAUUGUGAGUGCAGACAAGUGUCGACCCAAUCGGUGUCGACAGGAGUGCAAGAAGUCGUGUCCAGUCGUACGGAUGGGAAAGUUGUGUAUUGAAGUCACACCGAGUGAUACUGUGGCCAGAAUUAGCGAAAGCCUAUGCAUUGGAUGUGGUAUUUGUGUGAAGAAGUGUCCCUUCAAUGCCAUCAAUAUAAUUAAUUUGCCCUCAAAUCUAAGCCGAGAUACAACUCAUCGUUACGGAGAAAACUCGUUUAAAUUGCAUCGAUUGCCGACUCCCAGACCCGGGCAGGUGUUGGGUUUGGUCGGCACCAACGGAAUCGGCAAAUCCACGGCUCUUAACAUAUUAUCAGGGAAAUUGAAACCAAAUUUAGGUCGUUACGGUUCAGACGCUCCCGAGUGGUCAGAAAUAUUGAAAUAUUUUAAAGGCUCAGAACUUCACAACUUUUUCACGCGAAUACUUGAGGAUCACAUGAAGUCCGUAAUGAAGAUCCAAUAUGUGGAUCAAAUACCGAGAGUUGUGUCGGGAGUGGUCUCAACACUACUCGACAGUAACAACGAAAGAGAUAAUAAGCAUUCCGUAUGCGAUGUAUUGGAUCUCUCGGAAAACAUUUGCGGCCGAAAUGUGUGUGACUUAAGUGGUGGGGAAUUACAGCGGUUUGCGAUCGCAAUGGUUUGCGUACAGAGGGCUGACAUAUACCUCUUCGACGAGCCCUCCAGUUAUCUGGACGUCAAGCAGAGACUUAAGGCGGCCGAAGCCAUACGAGAGCUGAUCCGAGCGGACAAAUAUGUAGUGGUAGUCGAACACGACUUAUCGGUUUUGGACUAUUUGUCGGACUAUAUCUGCUGUCUGUAUGGCAUUCCCGGAGCUUAUGGUGUCGUAACACUCCCUAUAUCUGUGCGAAAGGGCAUCAAUAUAUUCCUCGACGGUUACUAUCCGACGGAGAACUUGCGGUUCAGAGAUUCGGCGCUUACAUUCAAAGUGUCGGAAACGGCCACUGAUAUCGAUAUGAAGCGAUUGCGUGCACACGAGUACCCAUCAAUGGUCAAGCAAUUGGGUCCGGCAUUUGAGUUGACGGUCCAAUCGGGCACUUAUACCCACUCAGAGAUUAUUGUGCUGUUGGGAGAGAACGGGACCGGAAAAACAACAUUUAUCCGAUUACUUGCCGGACAACUAACACCCGAUGGCGGACAGAGUGUCGUACCGGUGCUUAACAUCAGUUAUAAGCCCCAGAAAAUUAGCCCCGUUUUUAAGGGAACUGUUAGUAAACUGUUGUUCGAUAAGAUCCGCGACGCCGUCAUUGACCCUCAGUUUCAGGCAGAGGUCGUGAAACCUCUUCAGAUCGAGAAUAUCUUAGACCAGGAAGUGAUGAACCUUUCGGGUGGAGAACUCCAAAGAGUGGCACUCGUGCUGUGUUUGGGUAAACCGGCGGACGUUUACCUCAUUGACGAGCCGUCGGCUUAUUUGGAUUGCGAACAGCGUUUGGUCGCCUCGAAAGUCAUCAAACGAUUCCUACUUCACGCCAAGAAAACCGGGUUUAUAGUCGAACACGAUUUCCUUAUGGCCACAUAUCUGGCCGAUCGGGUCAUUGUGUUUGAGGGCCAGCCAUCGGUCAAGACGGUGGCCACGAGUCCGCAGACACUGUUGAGCGGAAUGAAUAAAUUCUUGAAGCAAUUGAGCAUCACUUUGAGAAGAGAUGCGACAAACUUUAGGCCAAGAAUUAAUAAAUUGAAUUCAAUUAAAGAUAUCGAACAGAAGAAUAGCGGAAACUAUUUCUUUUUGGAGGACUGA